GGAACCGGAAGAGGAGGAACCUCGCUCCCGAACUACCGGUUUCGGCACCGCGCGGUCGUUAGAAGCGCGGAACUGGCUGCUCCUGAAUCUUGAGUUGGUCCCGGAGCUGCUGCCGCGAUGGGUAAGGCUCGGAAGCGUGGGGUCGGGAUCCGUCGGCCGGCUCGGAUCCAGGAACAGGAGGAGGAGGAGGAGGAAGAGCAGGGACCGCCGCCCUCCCCGGGGGACCCCAGUUACUUUCAGGACCAGGUAGAAGCCUUCCAUGAGGCGCGGUCGCAGGCGGCUCUGGCUCCCUUGUGGAGCGAUGGGGAGAGCGGGGCAGAGGACGCAGACGAGGAGGAAGAGGUGCUAGGUCUGGAUGAGCACGAGGAAGAAGAAGAGGAGGAGGAGGAGGCGGGAGAAGAAGACGAGGAGGAGGAAGAGGAGGAGGAUGCGGGCAGUGUAGGGGGCAGCUCCGUACUCAGUGAUGCAGAUGACGCCGAAGCCGACCCCAGCCUGUCAUGGGGCCAGAGGAAAAACCUGUACUACAACACGGACUACCGGGCCUCCAAGGGUAAGAGCCAGCAGGAAGCCGACGAGGAGGAGCGGGAGGAGGAGGAGGAGGCCCAGCUCAUCCAGCGGCGCCUGACCCAGGCCCUGCAGGAGGACGACUUCGGGCUGAGCUGGGUGCAGGCGUUCGGCAAGUCAGCGCAGCCUGUGCCUGAGGAGGCCCAGACCCGCGUGGUGAAGGACCUGGACAAAGUGCCGACAAAGGAGAAACUCAAGAUGCUUCGGAAGGAGUCCCCGGAGCUGCUGGAGCUGAUCGAGGACCUGAAAGCCAAGCUGACAGAGGUGAAAGAUGAGCUGGAGCCACUGCUGCACAUGGUGGAAAAGGGGAUCAUCCCCCCCGGGAAGGGUAGCCGCUACCUGAAGACCAAGUACAGCCUCUAUCUCAACUAUUGCUCCAACAUCAGUUUCUACUUGGUGCUCAAAGCCAGGCGUGUCCCCAUUCAUGGGCACCCUGUCAUAGAGAGACUGGUCACCUAUCGAAACUUAAUCAAUAAGCUGGCCGUCGUGGACCAGAGACUGUCACCUGAAAUCCGUUGUCUUCUUUCACAGAUUGAUGGUGAUGGAAAAGUAGCUGCAAAGCUAAAGAAACCUCCCACAAGGCCCAAACCAAAAUCCCUUCCCAAGACUCUCGAUGUCUCUGCUGUCAUGAGCCCUGCAGAGGACUCUGAUUUAGAUGAAGAAGCUGCGCUGAAACACUAUAAAGAAAUGGAAGAGAGACUGAAAUUAAAAAGAAAGAAAGAAGAAGAAGCAAAGGGGGAGGAAGAAGAGGAGGAGGCUGAACUGGCAGAUUCAAAUGCAAAGAGAGCUAUUACCUACCAAAUUGCCAAAAAUAAGGGACUUACACCCCGAAGGAAGAAAAUUGAUAGGAAUCCUAGAGUUAAACAUCGUGAGAAGUUCAGGAGAGCCAAAAUUCGCAGAAGAGGUCAGGUCCCUCAAGUUCGCACAGAAGAAUACAAAUAUUCUGGUGAAUUGUCUGGCAUUCGUGCUGGAGUCAAAAAGAGUAUUAAGUUGAAAUAAAGUUAAUGUACUUCGUUUAAACUCUAAGCAGUAUAUUUUGAAAUAAUAAAAUUUUCAAUCCAGCUACAA